AUGCGCCGCCGCCACCUCCCCCUUCCUCUUCUCUUACUCCACCUCCUCUUCGCCGCGUCGUCCUCUGCAGCAGGUUCGCCUUCGUCAGAGGUCGCCUUCCUGACGGCCUGGCUCAACACCACGGCCGCGCGGCCGCCGGACUGGUCGCCGGCCGCCUCGUCCCCGUGCAACUGGUCGCACGUCUCCUGCGCCGGCGGUUCCGGGACCGUCACGUCCGUGUCGUUCCAGUCCGUGCACCUCGCGGGCGCCACGCUCCCGGCGGCGGGGCUCUGCGCCGCGCUGCCGGGCCUCGUGUCCUUCGUCGUCUCCGAUGCCAACCUCACCGGCGGCGUCCCCGACGACAUGUGGCGGUGCCGCCGCCUCUCCGUGCUCGAUCUCAGCGGCAACGCGCUCACGGGCCCCAUCCCGCCGUCGCUCGGGAACGCCACGGCGCUCGAGACCCUUGCGCUCAACUCCAACCAGCUCUCCGGGCCUAUCCCGCCGGAGCUGGCCACCCUCGCGCCGACGCUUCGGAACCUGCUUCUCUUCGAUAACCGCCUCUCCGGGGAACUCCCGCCGUCUCUCGGUGACCUGCGCCUGCUAGAGUCGCUGCGCGCGGGGGGGAACCACGACCUGGCGGGGUUGAUACCGGACUCCUUUUCCAGGCUGUCCAGCCUCGUCGUGCUGGGACUCGCCGACACCAAGAUCUCCGGCCCGCUCCCGGCGUCGCUGGGCCAGCUCCAGAGCCUCCAGACGCUGUCCAUCUACACCACGGCGCUCUCCGGCGCCAUCCCGCCGGAUCUGGGAAACUGCUCCAACCUCACCAACAUCUACCUCUACGAGAACUCGCUGUCCGGCCCGCUGCCGCCGUCGCUCGGCGCGCUGCCGCAGCUGCAGAAGCUGCUGCUGUGGCAGAACGCGCUCACGGGCCCCAUCCCGGACUCCUUCGGCAACCUCACCUCGCUCGUCUCGCUCGACCUCUCCAUCAACUCCAUCUCCGGCACCAUCCCGCCGUCGCUGGGGCGGCUCACGGCGCUGCAGGACCUCAUGCUCAGCGACAACAACAUCACCGGCACCAUCCCGCCGGAUCUCGCCAACGCCACGUCGCUGGUGCAGCUGCAGGUCGACACCAACGAGAUCUCCGGCCUCAUCCCGCCCGAGCUCGGCCGCCUGACGGCGCUGCAGGUGCUCUUCGCGUGGCAGAACCAGCUGGAGGGCGCCAUCCCGCCCACGCUCGCGUCCCUGUCCAACCUCCAGGCGCUCGACCUCUCGCACAACCACCUCACCGGCAUCAUACCGCCGGGCCUCUUCCUGCUCCGCAACCUCACCAAGCUGCUGCUCCUGUCCAACGACCUCUCCGGCCCGCUGCCGCAGGAGAUCGGCAAGGCCGCCAGCCUCGUGCGCCUGCGCCUCGGCGGCAACCGCAUUGCCGGGUCCAUCCCGGCGUCCGUGGCCGGCAUGAAGAGCAUCAACUUCCUCGACCUCGGGAGCAACCGGCUAGCCGGGCCGGUGCCGGCCGAGCUGGGCAACUGCUCGCAGCUCCAGAUGCUUGAUCUGAGCAACAACUCGCUCACCGGGCCACUGCCGGAGUCGCUCGCCGCGGUGCACGGCCUGCAGGAGCUCGACGUCUCGCACAACAGGCUUAACGGCGCCGUUUCCGACGCGCUCGGCAGGCUGGAGACGCUGAGCAGGCUCGUGCUCAGCGGCAACUCGCUGUCGGGGCCGAUACCGCCGGCGCUCGGGCAGUGCCGUAACCUCGAGCUCCUGGACCUGAGUGACAACGAGCUCACCGGAAACAUCCCCGACGAGCUCUGCGGCAUCGACGGGCUCGACAUCGCGCUGAACUUGAGCCGGAACGGCCUCACCGGGCCGAUCCCAGCGAAGAUCUCGGCGCUGAGCAAGCUCUCGGUGCUCGACCUCUCGUACAACACGCUCGACGGCAGCCUCGCGCCGCUCGCCGGGCUCGACAACCUUGUCACGCUCAACGUGUCGAACAACAACUUCUCCGGGUACCUCCCGGACACGAAGCUCUUCCGGCAGCUCUCGACGUCCUGCCUCGCCGGCAACGCCGGGCUCUGCACCAAAGGCGGGGACGUAUGCUUCGUGAGCAUCGACGCCAACGGUCACCCAGUGACGAACACGGCCGAAGACGCCCAGCGCGUGCACCGCCUCAAGCUGGCCAUCGUGCUGCUGGUGACUGCGACGGUGGCGAUGGUGCUCGGCAUGAUCGGUAUACUGCGAGCGCGGCGGAUGGGGUUUGGAGGGAAGAGUGGCUCCGGCGGUGGCGGCAGCGACUCGGAGAGCGGCAGCGAGCUGUCGUGGCCGUGGCAGUUCACACCGUUCCAGAAGCUGAGCUUCUCCGUGGACCAGGUGGUAAGGAGCCUGGUGGACGCCAACAUCAUCGGCAAGGGCUGCUCCGGCGUGGUGUACCGCGUGAGCAUCGACACCGGCGAGGUGAUCGCCGUGAAGAAGCUGUGGCCCAGCACCCACGCCGCGGCGACCGCAACAGCGACGUGCAAGGCGGACGACGGCACGAGCGGCCGCGUCCGGGACUCGUUCUCAGCGGAGGUGCGCACGCUGGGCUCCAUCCGGCACAAGAACAUCGUGAGGUUCCUGGGGUGCUGCUGGAACAAGAGCACCCGGCUGCUCAUGUACGACUACAUGGCCAACGGCAGCCUCGGCGCGGUGCUCCACGAGCGGCGCGGCGCCGGCGCGCAGCUGGAGUGGGACGUGCGCUACCGCAUCGUGCUCGGCGCCGCGCAGGGGAUAGCGUACCUGCACCACGACUGCGUGCCACCGAUCGUGCACCGCGACAUCAAGGCCAACAACAUCCUCAUCGGCCUCGAUUUCGAGGCCUACAUCGCCGACUUCGGCCUCGCCAAGCUCGUCGAGGACGGCGACUUUGGCCGGUCGUCGAACACCGUCGCCGGUUCCUAUGGCUACAUUGCCCCUGAGUAUGGGUACAUGAUGAAGAUCACGGAGAAGAGCGACGUGUACAGCUAUGGUGUGGUGGUGCUGGAGGUGCUGACGGGGAAGCAGCCGAUCGACCCGACGAUCCCGGACGGGCUGCACGUGGUGGACUGGGUGCGGCGGUGCAGGGACCGCACCGACGUGCUGGACCCGGCGCUCCGGGGCCGGUCGAGCUCGGAGGUGGAGGAGAUGAUGCAGGUGAUGGGCGUGGCGCUGCUGUGCGUGAGCGCGGCGCCCGACGACCGGCCGACGAUGAAGGACGUGGCGGCCAUGCUCAAGGAGAUCCAGCUCGAGCGCGAGGACGUGGCCAACGUGGACGUCCUCCUCAAGGGAGGCUCGUCGCCGCCUCCGCAUCAUGUUCAUGCCAACGCGGCGGCGGCGAUAGCUGCCAAGGCCACGUCGUCGACGUCCAGCACGCCACCGUGCCGGCAGGGCCCCAGCAACAGCCAUAGCUACAGCAGUAGCAGCUUCUCUGCCAUCUACUCGUCCAACAAGGCCAAGUCGCCCUUUGACUGA